AAUUACCUCACAUUUUAAAUGCUAUCUACUUUGAAAACUUUGGAGUUCAGCCUACAUUUUUACUUAUCUUAAUUUAAUAUGCAACUGGCAUGAACAUCUAGAAACUGUCUUAAGGUCAGCAGCUUCCAAUGUAAAUUCUACAUCAUAUUGAUUAAAAAAAUCCAAUGCGAUCAGAUCUUAAGGUCUCUUGUAGCCAUUAACUACCAGCAUAAAUCUACAUUCUGCUAGCAAAGAUGAGCAAAUCAAAGAUUGUACAAACCCGCACCAUACUUCUCGUAAAGCUUGUGAAAGUACUGCAAAUGAGGUCCUUUCUCAUUUUCCUCAUCAUUGCCAUUGCCGUUGCCACUGUGGAAAGCAACUCUGAAGUGGAUGCUCUUCAUUCCUGGAGGUCUAAACUGACAGAUCCGAAUAAUGUCCUCCAAAGCUGGGAUCCGACACUGGAAAAUCCCUGCACCUGGUUACAUAUCACCUGCAAUUCAAUUAAUAGUGUUACAAGAGUGGACCUUGGCAACGCGGGACUAGAAGGACCUCUCGUGUCUGAGCUUGGAAUCUUAGCUAAUCUUCAAUACUUGCAAGUCCAACGCAAUAAGAUUGGUGGAAAAAUACCGAGAGCUUUAGGAAAUUUGACAAAACUGGUGAGCUUGGGUCUAGAUCAGAAUCGGCUAAGCGGAUCGAUCCCAGAAACUGUAGGCAACUUACGAUUAUUAAGAUUCUUGAGUUUAAACAGUAACAAAUUAACUGGGAGAAUACCAAAUAGUGUCAUUGAACUGAUCCAUUUUGGUCAUUUGCAGAUCAUGAAUGUCUCGGACAAUCACUUGGCUGGUACUGUUCAUCACACAAAUAAAGCAGGAUUUGCUACUACUACCAUAAUUCAAGAUGCAAAAGCCUAGAAGAACAUGAUGCUGAGCUGAGCUGAGCUACUAGAUAUUAUCCAUUCUCAUACUGUAAUAAAUUGCCAUGAUAUUUGUGGUGAAAUUUUAAAGAUUUGCAAUAACAUUGACCUAAGCUGGUGUAUUACGUAUCAUGUACUCUGCCUUAUCUAUCGAUCAAUAAAGUAUUUUUGUGACUUA